AUGGACUUUUCUUCUCAGUACCAGUACGGCGGCGCUGGCGGCCAGACGACCUACGGCUUCCUGGGGCCGAUGCAGCCUCUGACGCCGUCGCACUCUGCGUCGGCCGGCUCGGACGACUUUGGGCAGACAUCGCCUCCUGAAGCAGCGUUCGACGCCGCCCUCGGCGGCGGUCAGUUUGCCGACUUUGACUACAGCACCGGCCUCACGCCCGGGCCGCUCAACGGCAGCACCAACGGCGCGUCCUUUCCCGGCCCGCCCACGCCGCCCGUCGCCUUUGCCCAGCAGCAGCAGCAGCAGAACAUGCUCGGCGGCGGGCAGGGCGAGCACGGCAGCCCGGACGACGGACAGGGCGGCAGGGGAAACUCGGAAGACGAGGACCUGACGCCUGCGCAGUCGCGCCGCAAGGCCCAGAACCGAGCCGCGCAACGCGCGUUCCGCGAGCGCAAGGAAAAGCACGUCAAGGAUCUCGAGACCAAGCUCGCCAGCAUGGAGGCCGCGCAGCAGCAGUCCUCGGUCGAGAACGAGCGUCUCCGUCGUGACCUCCAGAAAAUAUCGACCGAAAACGAAAUCCUCCGCGCCACGAGCACCUCCCAGACUGCCCACCACCGCCCCUCGGCCUCGCCGCCCGCCGUCACCACCGGCCCGACCGAGUACCGCCCGACGGAUUUCUACUCCAACGUGCUGCAGGACCACGCCAACAAGCUGCCCUCGCACCGCAUCGUCGUCGGCGACGACGGCGCGCGGCUGCUCGCCGCCGGCGCGACGUGGGACUACAUUGUCGGCCACGAGCUGUUCAAGCGCGGGCUGGUCGACGUGGGCGCCGUGAGCGAGCGGCUCAAGGACAAAGCGAGGUGCGACGGCCAGGGGCCCGUGUUUCCGGAAAAGGACAUCCUGGAGGCGAUUGAGCAGAGCGUGGCGAGCGGCUCAGAUGACUUGCUGUGA